AUGUCGUCCACCGGCAACGCCUCCAUUGACAAGUUCAACGGAGACAAUUACGCAACGUGGAGCCGGUACAUGCGCGGUGUGUUUUUGACGAAGUCCGUCUGGCACGUCGUCAACCGUGAAGUGACUCCGACUUUCACCGACCCGCGAGCGUCCGAUGACUACGUCAAGGCAAGCAACGUCGCGUUUGGUAUGAUGCUGCUGCACAUGAACGCGGACUACCAUCAUGUGCUGGACAACUGCGAGGAAGCCUGGGUUGCGUGGACAAGUCUGAAGACGCUGUACGGUGGGUCGCAGAAGGCAGGACGCAUCUACCUCAAGCGACAACUUUUCAGUAUCAAGAUGGCUGAAGGCGCGAACGUCAUGCAUCACUGCAACGAGGUCCUCAACAUCUCCGCCAAGCUUAGCGGCAUCGGUGCGAAGAUGGAAGACGAAGACGUUGCAAUUUGUCUGCUACUCAGUCUUCCGAAGAGCUACGAAAAUGUGGUGCUCAACAUGGAAAUGAGCAGCACCGAGCUUCGCACUCAAGAUGUGGUGAGAGUCCUGACGAAUGAGCAUGCCAAGCGUCAAGGAGAAAAAGGGACAACGACAGCGACUACGGUGAAGGCUGAAGAUGCAAGCAAGGCAUUCAGCGCCGAGCGUGAGCCCUACCAAUGCACGUAUUGUGGCAAGGUGGGACACACGGUGGAUCGUUGCUGGACAAAGCAGAAGAACGAAGGUCGUGUUGCAUUGUAG